UUUGAUCAUAUUAAAAGAAGUACAACAAUCUUUAUAAGGAAAUUAUCUAUUAUCUAAUCUGAUUUUAAAACUGUAUUCUAACAAUUCUAUUUUUUUUUAAUAUUAUACUUUUUAAACUUUGUGUGUAAUUACGUAUAAUAUUCAUAACAUGUAUAUUAAAUGUAUUCUAAAUAGAUUCAUACUAUAUUGAUAAAAAGUUUUGGAUGCAGUCAUGAGUACAUGUAUUUUAAAGUCUCCAUAAUUCAAAUAAAUACUGCGUCCUUUAAACAUAUACCAAAUGAAAGCUUAUAUCUACCAAUCUUCUGCAUCAAACGGCUGCUGUAGUUAAAAAAAUGAUAUUUAAAACCAAUAUGCCUAGAAAAAUAUUAAUAACUAGUGGUGCAGCUAUAUCAAGACCACAAAGAAAUACAAGGGCAAAAAAAGUGUUUGAUCCUUCUGAUAACUACAUUCCAAAAAGAAGAAAUAAAACUUGCAUAAAAUCUGAGAAAUCAUUUUAUUGUACCAAUAAAGAUAAUGAUACAAAAUUGAAUAAUAUUAACACUACAAAUGAAUCAUUGAAUUAUUCAUUAAAAAAUUUGUCAAAUGUUUUAACAUUAAACUCAGAGUCAAGUUCUACUACAAUUCCAGAAAUUCCUAAAAUUUUACGUGAAGAAUUUACAAAUUGUUCUUCAUGCUUGAAAAUAUGUGAUGGAAUUAGUUUGAUUAGUUGUUCAAUUUGUUUAGUUAAAAUUCAUAAAGAUUGCUUAAUUGUUAAUGAACCAAUGUGGAAAUUUAAACUUGAAGCUUCUCCUUGGUUAUGUAAACAAUGUAGAGAUCAUAACUGUAGUAAAUGUUUAAGAAAUGGAUCUCAAUUAAAAACUUGGCUUCGUUGUUUUACGUGCAAAGUUGGUUUACACGUGGAGUGUUAUGAGUCAUAUGAAUCAAAACCACUUCAUACAUUGAAAGAUGACAUGUAUGUAUGCAUCCCUUGUAUGACUUUAGCUACACAACGUGUUCCAGAAGAAGAUGAUGAUGAAGAUGAUUUAGAUGAGUCACAAAUCUCCUAUAAUUCAUCAUCUAAUGCAUCAGAAGAUAGUUAUUAUUCAAAAAAAAUUAUUCCUCACUCUGGUUCUGCUUUAUUAACAACACAAACUACUAGCAUGCCUACAGCAAAUUUAUGUAAAGGACUUACUAUACCAGAUGUAACUGAAUGGAAUAAACACAAAGUAUACAAAUACUUAGUACAAUGUGUGUCACAAGAAAUAGCAUCUAAAAUUAUUGAUAAUGAAAUUGAUGGAAGAGCUCUAUUAUUAAUUCAAAGGUCAGAUGUAACUAAUAACAUGGGCUUGAAGCUUGGACCUGCAAUGAAAUUGUACAAACAAAUACGUAUUCUACAAACACAUAGUACAUACAAUUCUGUAUUUUGGGAGUAAUAUUUUAAAAUAAAACACUACUAGACUUAA